GGAGAAACCCACUGAAAUCCACUGAAACUCUUCUGAACGGCUUUGGAAAAAUCAGUUCCUCCUUCCCGUGCCAUCCAUGGAAACUGUCCCGGAGGUCUCCGCGGUCGGAGCCGGCCCCGUCUCCGCAGUGUCCAUGUGAAGAUCCCACGGAAGGGCCGAUGCUUCCCGAGACUUUAGGAAUUCCCUCUCCUUCGCUAAUUCCAUGAACUGAAGAGUCCGGUUUUUCCCAUGAACCAUCUCUCCCCUCUGGAAAACACAGGCGCACAGUAGGUGGGGCACCAUGAGCGGCCUGGGCGACAGCUCCACGGAUCCCGCCAAUCCCGACUCCCGCAAGAGGAAGGGAUCCCCCUGCGACACGGCCCAGAGCGCGGAGAAGCGGCGCCGGGAGCAGGAGCACAAGUACCUGGAGGAGCUGGCGGAGCUGCUGUCGGCGAACAUCGGGGACAUCGACACCCUGAGCGUCAAACCCGACAAAUGCAAGAUCCUCCGGAAAACCGUGGAUCAGAUCCAGCAGAUGAAGAGGUUGGAGCAAGAGAAAGCGACGGACGACGACGUCCAGAAAUCCGACAUCUCCUCCAGCAGCCAGGGGGUCAUCGAGAAGGAAUCCCUGGGACCUCUGCUCCUCGAGGCCCUGGACGGGUUCUUCUUCGUGGUGAACCGGGAAGGGCGGAUCGUGUUCGUGUCGGAGAACGUGACGGGAUAUCUGGGCUACAACCAGGAGGAGCUGAUGAACACCAGCGUCUACAGCAUCCUGCACGUGGGCGACCACGCCGAGUUCGUCAAGAACCUGCUCCCCAAAUCCUUGGUGAACGGGGUGCCGUGGCCUCAGGAAGCGAGCCGGCGGAACAGCCACACCUUCAACUGCCGGAUGCUGAUCCGGCCCCCGGAUGAGGCGGGCACGGAAAACCAGGAAGCGCGGCAGCGCUACGAGGUGAUGCAGUGCUUCACCGUGUCCCAGCCCAAAUCCUUCAAGGAGGAGGGAGAAGAUUUCCAGUCGUGUCUGAUCUGCAUCGCCCGGCGACUGCCCCGACCCGCCGUCACCCCCCCGGAAUCCUUCAUCACCAAGCAGGACACCACAGGGAAAAUCAUCUCCAUCGACACCAGCUCCCUGCGCGCCGCCGGCCGGACGGGAUGGGAGGAUUUGGUCCGGAAGUGCAUCUACGCCUUCUUCCAGCCCCAGGGCCGGGAGCCGUCCUACGCCAAGCAGCUCUUCCAAGAAGUGAUGACCCGCGGCGCCGCCUUCAGCCCCUCGUACCGGUUCACGCUGAGCGACGGGACGGUGCUGAGCGCCCACACCAAGUGCAAGCUCUGCUACCCCACCAACCCCGAGGUGCAGCCCUUCAUCAUGGGCGUCCACGUCAUCGACAGGGAUCACGGGAUGCUCUCCCCGCCGGAAAACCCCGGCUCCGGCAUGUCCCUGCCGCGCUCCGGCCCCGCCCUGACCCCCAACGUCUCUCCGGGGCCGGGAAUGGCGCUGCCUCCUCCUCCUCCCUCCGUCCCCAAUUCCAACGGCACCAUGGUGGCCGGCAACGCCGGCCAACCCUCCGGCUACGGAUGUUCUCCCGGGAGCCAGCUGGGAACCGCCGCCGGCGUCGCCGCCUUAAGCCAGAGCCAAGGUGGCAACCACGCCCUGCCCCUCGCCGGCUCGCCCAUGGGCAGCCCCGGCAUCCCCCCACCGCCGCCGCCGCCGCCGCCGCCGCCGCAAUUCCUGUCCCCGCGCCACCGCCUCAGCCCCGGCCUGGUGCCGCGCUCCCGAGGGCCCGGCAACCCCUUCUCCCCCGCCGUGCCCUCCAUGCACUCGCCCGUGGGCAUGGCCGGCGGCGGGAAUGCCGGCGGCGGGAACGCUCGCCCGUUCCCCGGCGGCGCCGCCGUGCCGGGGCUGCCAGAAGGGCCGGGAACGCUGGUGGGAUAUUCCACGCCGCCGCCUCCGCCGGCGGUGCUGAGGCAGCUGAGCGGCUCUCAGAGCUCUCCCGGCCGCCUCGCCGGCAAAGCCGACUCCAAGGACAGCAAGGAGAUCGCCUCCAUCCUCAGCGAGAUGAUCCAGGCGGACGGCGGCGCCGGCGGUGCCGCCGGCGGGGAGGGCAAAGCGCUGGAUUCGGGAAUGCUGCACGCUGAGGGUGACUCCAAGUGCUCGCAGGCCACCAGCCACAAGCUGGUGCAGCUCCUGGCCAGCACGGCGGAGCAGCAGCUCCGGCACGCCGCCGACGCCGACACCAGCUGCAAGGAAUCCUUGGUGACACUGGGAACCGGGAGCGCCGCCGGCACCGGCGGCACCAGCACCGGCAGCAGCACCGGCACCUGCCCGUCCUCCCACAGCUCCCUGACGGAGCGGCACAAGAUCCUGCACCGGCUGCUCCAGGAGGGAAGCCCGUCCGACCUCACCGCGCUGGCCAUGGAGCACGAGAAGAAGGAGAGCGCUCCCGGCGCCGCUCCGACGGCGGCGGCAGCUCCGGCGGCGGCUCCGGCGGCGGCGGCAGAGGCGGAGGCGCAGAAGAAGAAGGACGUGAAGGACCACCAGCUGCUGAGGUACCUCCUGGACAAGGACGAGAAGGAGCUGGGGGCGGCGCCGGCGCUCAGCCUGGACGACGUGAAGGUGAAGGUGGAGAAGGCGGAGCCGGCGAUGGAUCCGUGUCACACGGCGCCGGCCGCCAUUCCCAAGGCUCCGGCGGCGGCCGACGAGGUCAAGAUGGAGACGCAGGGGCAGUUUGCUGCCGAGCUGGAGCAGCUGGAUCAGCUCCUGCCCUCGCUGGAAAAGGCGGCUCAGCUGCCGGGAAUGUGCGGCCCGGAGAGGAGCGAGGGCGGCGUGUCCGGAGUGUCCGGAGUGUCCGGAGUGCCGGUGAAGCCGGAGCUGUUGGCGGCGCCGCUCCAGCCCAGCACCGCGGCCAGAGCUCCCACGGGACUCACCCCCCUCAGUGGCGGGCAGGGCGUUCCGGCCGGCCGGGCUCCCUUCGAGUUCUGCGAUCCCAUGGAUCCCGCCCAGCUCCGGCCGGGGCCGUGUCCCGGGAAUACCGGGAGCCCCCACGGCCGCGGGCCGGCCCAGCCGGGAAGAGGCAGCGGGACGGCUCCCAAUCCCUUCCCUCCGGACACAGGAAUGCCGGAGCUGGAGCUGGGCGUCCCGGAUCCGCAGUUUGGUCCGUCGGGAAUGGGGGAGCCGAUUCCGUGGCCGGAGCCCCGCGGAGCGCUGAGCAAACCUGAGGAGCAGUGCAUCAGCUCCCAGCUGGAUGAGCUCCUGUGCCCUCCCACGACUCCGGAGGGCCGGAAUGACGAGAAGGCGCUGCUGGAGCAACUCGUGUCCUUCCUGAGCGGGAAGGACGAGACGGAGCUGGCGGAGCUGGAUCGAGCCCUGGGAAUAGACAAACUGGUCCAGGGCGGCGGCCUGGAAGCGCUGUCGGAACGUUUCCAGCCCCCGGCGGGCACCGCUCCGCUCCUGCUGGAGCAGAAACCCGGAAUGUACCCCCAGCCUUACUCCUCCUCCUCCUCCUCCGCCGCCGCCUCUCCCGCCGGAGCCUUUCCCGGGAUGGCGCGGCCCAAGCCGUCCUUCGGAGCCGUGCCGGUGCCGCCGCCGCCGCCGCCGCCGCGCGGAGCCUUCCCGAAUUCCCUGGCGGUGCCGCCCCGGCAGAGCCUGAGCCGCCCGCCCCCGGCGCCCAACCAGCUCCGGCUGCAGCUCCAGCAGCGCCUCCAGGGCCAGCAGCAGCUGCUCCAUCAGAACCGCCAGGCCAUCCUCAACCAGUUCGCCGCCGGCGCUCCCGUCGGGAUCAACAUGAGGGCGGGAAUGCAGCAGCAGAUCACGCCCCAGCCUCCUCUGAACGCUCAGAUGUUGGCGCAGCGGCAGCGGGAGCUCUACAGCCAACAGCACCGGCAGCGGCAGCUGAUGCAGCAGCGCGCCCUCCUCCUGCGCCAGCAGAGCUUCGGCAACGCCUCCGGAAUUCCGGUGCCCCUCGGAGCCGCCCGGCUGCCCCAGGCCCCCCCCCAGCAGUUCCCGUACCCGGUGCCCAGCUACGGCGCCGGCGCCGGCAACCCGCCCUCCGCCGGCGCCGCCGGACCGUUCUCCGGCGCCGAGGCGGCGGCGGCGCUGGCCGGGCGCCGCGGGAGCGCCGUGGGAGCGCAGUUCGGAGCCGGGAUGGUGGCGCCCGGGAUGCAGCAGAAUGUCUUUCAGUAUUCCGGAGCAGGGCUGGCCCAGCAGAGCGAGUCCUUCGCGCCGGCGCUGAGCCCCGGCAGCCCCCUGGUGUCCCCCCAAAUCCCGCCGGCCCAGAGCCCGAUGCUGCCGCCGGCGCCGCCGGCACCCGGAUACCAGUCCCCCGACGUGAAGGGCUGGCAGCAAGGAGCCAUGGGGAAUAACAGCGUGUUCAGCCCGGCGGGAGCGGCUCCGGCGGCGCCGGCACAGCCGGGAAUGUACAACAACAUGAGCAUCACCGUGUCCAUGGCCGGCGGCGGCUCCGGCGUCCCCACCAUCAAUCCCAUGGGAGGGCAGGUGCCCGGGAUGAACCCCCUGCAGAUGCCCGGGAUGAAUUCCAUGUGCUCGGAGCAGGUCCCGGAUCCGGCGCUGAGACCAGCGGGGCUCUACUGCAAUCAACUCAACUCCAGUGAACUGCUCAAGGCAGAGGCAGACGGGGCCCAGGUGCAGCAGGUGCAGGUGUUCGCCGACGUGCAGUGUACAGUGAACCUGGUGGGAGAUCCCUACCUCAACCCGACGGCCGUUCCCAAAGCCGCCGGCGCCGCCGGAGCCGCCGGAGCCGCGCCGCCGGCACCGCCGGGCCAAGGGAAGAGCCUCCUGCAGCAGCUACUGACGGAAUGAGCCGGGAAUGUGAAAAAGGCCGGGGAAGGGACACGCGGACAUGGACACGAGGAGAGACAGAGAGAGAGAGAGAGAGAGACACAGAGAGACAAAGAGAGAGAGAGAAAAUAUAUAUAUUAUCUA